UUUUAUUUAGAGAACUUAAUAUACACUCUCUGAUCUGUUAAAAUUUCUCUCUCUUUAUUCUCUCUCACAGUUUUCACUGCACUUUUUCGCGAGAGUGCCCAAACCUUCACUGAAAACCCUGCCAGAGCUCAGAUCUGAUCGCUGGAUAAUUCGCCGAUAUCUCCAACGAAAUGUACAGCAAUGUGGGGACCCAGCCUGGGGUGCCAAGACCACCAGUAAAUGCAGCAAAUGCUCCACCUAAUCCAUUUGGGAAUGCAUUUUAUGGAGCUGGUUCUGGGCUUAUCAGAGGUGGAUUGGGUGCAUAUGGAGAGAAAAUUUUAGGAUCGAGCUCUGAAUAUGUGCAAAGCAAUAUAAGUAGGUACUUCUCGGAUCCCCAAUACUAUUUCCAAGUGAAUGACCACUAUGUGAGGAACAAAUUGAAGGUUGUUCUGUUUCCAUUCCUGCACAGGGGCCAUUGGACCCGGAUAACUGAGCCAGUAGGGGGCAGGCUGUCUUAUAAGCCCCCAAUUUAUGAUAUAAAUGCACCAGACCUCUACAUUCCAUUUAUGGCAUUUGGUACCUACGUUGUUCUUGCUGGCUUCUCAUUGGGUCUUAAUGGAAAGUUUAGCCCAGAAGCUCUGAACUGGUUGUUUAUCAAGGGAUUGCUUGGGUGGUUUGGGCAAGUCUUACUUCUGAAAUUAACACUGCUGUCAUUGGGUAGUGGGGAGGCACCCUUGCUGGACAUUGUGGCUUACGCAGGGUAUACUUUCACAGGCAUGUGUUUGGCUGUCCUUGGGAAGAUUAUCUGGGGAUACUCUUACUAUUUUAUUAUGCCUUGGACCUGCUUAUGCAUGGGAAUCUUCUUGGUGAAGACAAUGAAGAGAGUCCUCUUUGCAGAGGUGAGGAGUUAUGAUUCAAGCAAGCACCACUAUCUCCUGCUCUUUAUUGCUCUGGCUCAGUUCCCACUUUUCACAUGGCUUGGCAACAUUACUGUUAAUUGGGUUCUAUAAAUUGCUUCCUUUUACAAUGUAGAAACAGCUUGUGUUUAUAGCAGUUUUUUAAAGUGUUGUAGUCAAUUUUCUCGGUUAUAUAUUAACUGACCAUUCUUUGCUCCCA